AUGCAUAUAUGCUCCGAUCCACUGGAGGUGAUACACUCUGAUAGAUCUACUCAACCAUGGUGUACUCCAUAUGUAUCUAAUAAUUAUGAUCGUAGAAAUAUAUUAAAUGCAUCGUUAUGUGCUAAAAGUAAAUUAAUUCAACGUCUUCAACAUAAAAUUGAUCUUUAUCAAACACCUACAUCUAAUGAUGCACAUCAAAUUCUUCGACACUUGGCAAAUGUUGUACAACGACAUGCACCCAACUUUGUUUUCAAUGAAAUAUUUCCUAAUAAUACACAUGAACAAAUCAAUUCAUCACUACAAAAUAUUCAACAAGAUACAUUACCAAUUGCUAGUAGUGUUGCAUCAACGUCACAAAGCUCUUCACUUUCACAACAAGUUGUUACUAAAAAAAUGACAGAUGAACAUCUAUUAUCAAAAUAUUCAUCACAUCAUUCACCCAACUUAUCUAUGCAUAGUAGACAAAUAAAUGAAGGUUCAAAACAAUCUUUAUCGAAAGUUAAUGAGAACAGUUUUGAGAAAAUAAAGAACAAAAGUGAUAAAGAUCUUGAUCAUCGAUCAUCUAUGGUAAUGAGUAUUCCAGUACCUUCCAUGUUCUCAACGUCACAUUUAUCAGAUCAACAGAUUCUUAAUAAUCAAUUACGACAGUCAACAUCUGAUAUGUUAACGAUCGGCAGUCAUCACGAUAGUUCAGCAUUGACUCUCUCCACUCCAAAAAAUAGUGAUCGUCAUCUUGAAAAUGAUCGUAUUAUCAGUGCGAUCGAUUUGAAGAGCAGUAAUAUUGUUUUACCAUCUCAUAAUCAACAAGAAAUUGACAGAAUAUCAUUAACAAAACAAAUUUCUUCUGCAAAACCAUCUUCAACUAGUUCUAUCAAUGAUUACAGACAAGAAGAACUAUCGACAUUAUCCUCAUCAUCAUCUAUACUUAGAUCACCAUCGAUAAAAAGUCAACAUCCAUUACCAACAUAUGAUGAAAAUAUAAGUCGAAAUGAAAGAAAAAAUAAUUAUCAAGACCAAUCACAUAGAAUAAUAAACGAUAACAAACUCACAAAACCAAUGAGUUGGGUCGACAAAUUAGAAAAAAAAUUCUCGAGAAAACAUUUGAAUACAACGCCUUUGAACGAUAUAUCAUCGAAAAAUAUUUCUCAUAUCUAUAUUGAUGACAAAAAACGAAUUGAUCUUGAUCAUUUAAAUAUGAGAGGAGCGAUUAAUGUUCUUGAAGUAAAUCUUAUCAACGAAGCAUUCCAAGCAUUGAUUAAUAAGAAAAAAGAUAAUAAACAAAAUGGAUUAAUGCGUAUUUUAACAGCACCAUCCCGAUGCUGUCGAACAUGUCGUACUCAACGACGUUUAGCAACAGCUGCUCAACGUUCUAUUGAUAUUGCUAUAAAAAAUAUCAAAAUACCAUCAACAGAUAAUUAA